AUGAUCGACGGGGCAUUCAGGAGGAAGAACACCCCGGUCUACGUCGCGAAGAUCGUCCGGAGCUACUUGAGCGGCAGGACCCUGCGGUCCAACGGCGUCACGACGACCCUUAGGUGCGGCGUCCUGCAGGGUUCGGUCCUGGGCUCGCUCCUGUGGAAUAUUUUAUACGACGAUCUUCUCGAAGUAGACCCCGGCGGGAACGUAGCGGGAGUGUCGUCAGUGUCGCUCGUGGCGUUCGCCGACGAUCUGGCCGUCGUGGCCACCGGGCACGACACACGAACGCUGGAGGACGUCGGCAACCACGCCCUCACCGGGGUUGCAGAGUGGAUGAAGGAAAACGGGCUGGCGCUUUCGACGGAGAAAUCCGAGGCUGUGAUCUUAACAUCUAAGAGGGGUUAUGCCCCGCCCGCCUUUGCGAUCGACGGGGUGCCUAUUCGCACGGAGGAGGCGAUAAAGUACCUCGGCGUCCAGCUCCACAAGACCUUGGGGUUCAAGGCCCAUCUACAAGCGGCUGCGGCGAGGGCGCAAAAGACGGCGAUGGCGCUAUGGCAAAUCAUGCCUAACGUCGGGGGCGCUCAGCAGAGGAAACGGAGGCUCCUGGUGUCGGUGGUGGACAGCGUUGCCCUGUACGCGCCUCCCGUCUGGGCUGGGGCCAUGGUGUUCGAAUUAAACAUCGCGGUAAUCCAACGGCCCCAGAGGACGGUCGCCCUGAGGGUGGCAAUGGCGUAUAGGACGGUGUCCACGCCGGCCGUACUCGUCAUCGUGGACAUGAUCCCCGUUCACCUGUUGGCGGAGGAGAGGUAGCGGCGGCACGCAAGGCGCACGGAGCCGAGAAGCGAGACAAGGGACGCAGAGGACCGGGAGGAAGUGUUCAGGAGGUGGCAGGAGGCGUGGCGGCAAACGGGGAAGGGCCAGUGGACCAGGAGGGUGAUCGGCGACGUCCGGCAGUGGAUCUGCAGAGGCUGGGGUCAGGUGGACUUCCACCUCACGCAGAUGCUUUCGAGGCACGGGUGUUUCGGCCAAUACUUGUCCAGGAUUGGUAAAGCACCGGAUGCCAGUUGUGCGGACUGCCAGGCCGCUGUUGACGAUGCUGAGCACGCAUUCUUCCGUUCCGUUGUGGAGAGGAGGAAGCUGGAGAUCGACAUCGGUGGCGACCUCGCUCCGGAGACGGUGGUGGGAGCAAUGCUGUAG